CUUUUUGCAAACUAUUGAGAUUUAGAGGACUAAAAUGUAUUUUUGUCAAAUUUUCAUGUCCCUGCCACUCAUCUUAUAUGUGUGAGAGGAGAAAAACUGAUGAGUGAGAAAAAGUUGUUGAAUUGUGGGCCACUCUCCUAACAGCAAGAGUAGCUUGGGCCGGAACACACAGCUUCACGCCGUUGUGCGUGUCGGAGAGAGGAUUGGAUUCGAUGAGUGAUUACAGUGUCGCCGUUGUCAGAGGCGAUAAUCAGAUCUGCAUGGUUCAUAAUGUUCUUAAAGAAAGUGCUAUUGCUACAGAGACUUACAAUGUAGCCAUUGAUGUUUUACGAGAGGGUGCAAGGAAGAUUGCACAUCUGAAAAAAACUAUAGCUAAAUACAAUCUUCCUAGCUCUCAAGGCAGAGUCAGUGUCCAGGAUGCUGGAAGCAGGAAAGUUUUGUUACCAACUCCUGAUAUGAUUCCUUCAUUAUGGCCUUGUCAAGAUGCUGUGCCACUCCCUAAUCGCUUUAACCUCAAUGAUGCUGGAAUUCCUGUUACUGAUUCCGGUCAGCCAACAUUAACACCUAUAGCUAUAAACCGUGAAGGUGCACUUGCUGAUAAUACGGUUGUUCUCACUUGUUUUAAGUCCAUGACAUGGAUCAUCGAAAACAAGAGCCCAACGAGUAAAGUGGCUAUUAUCAAUUGGAAGCUUCAAGAUUAUGGCAAAGCUCCAUCAGGGGAAACAGAGGUGCAGUUUAGUCUUACAAGAGCCACUCUGGAGCCAAUGUUAAAAUCCAUGGCUAACAUAAGUCAACAGCUUUCAAAACCCGCGAACAAGGCUGCCGCCAUCAAUCUCAAGAUCCCUGGCGCUACAACAACUGGAGGAGCAGAGGUGAAAUUCCAAGUUUCAAAAGAUACCUUAGGUUCAAUGCUAAGAUCAAUGGCUUAUAUUAGGGAGCAACUAUGAUAUGUAAGCUCGUAUAUCAUUCGACUCUAUUGAUUUUGUUGCUUGCCUUACGGAUUAUAGUUGAUAUAUUUCCACCCAAUUUUCAUCAGGCAUCACCAUGUUAAUUUUUUUCAAAUUUCAUUACAGAAAAACAUGUCAAAUGUACCAACCUAAAUAUAUUCAAUAACAUUAGAAAUUUUGUAUGUAUCACGUCUUCUUGAAUCUAAAGUUUGUAAAGAGCUUGUGCACGUGAAGCGUAGAUACUGUUAAUCUGAUUCACACUACAUUAAUGAUACCUAUCGAGUAAACCCAUUGUUGUUACGGUGUGAGCUACUGUAACAGCUUAUGUGUUGGUAA